AUGCCAUACAAAAACCUAGUCACGAUUUAUGGUUAUGCCACUCAUCAAAAGGAAUCCAUUCUAGUACAAGAAUACGUGUCCAAUGGGACUCUUGCUGCUCAUAUUCAAGGCCGAAUAUCAGAUAGCGGAACAUCAUUAACUUGGCUUAACAGAUUGGAUAUUGCAAUUGAUAUAGCAAAUGCAUUGGAAUAUCUUCACUAUAACGGCAUUGUGCACCGUAAUGUAAAGUCUCCUAAUAUUUUCCUUGAUAUAAACUUUUGUGCUAAAGUUGGUAACUUAUAUUUGUCAAAGAAACUUGAUAUUGGAUCAACCCAUGCUACAAGAGACUUAAUCGGAACAAGUGGUUAUGUAGACCCAGAACUUGUGUCAAAAGGCUUACUUGGUGUCCAAAAUGAUGUUUAUAGCUUUGGGGUGGUAUUGUGUGAACUUUUGUCAUCUAUGCUUGCAGAAUAUUAUAUUCAGAAUGAAGAAGAAAAUCUAGCAACCAUUUUAUGCACAAAACUUGAAAACCAAACUUUGGUUGAGCUUAUGGAUCUAAGACUUGGCUUCAAAUCAGACAUUAAGAUCACCAAGAUGAUGACCGCUACAGCUGAGCUUGCAUUUUGGUGUUUGAAAUGUCCACAAGAAUUAAGGCCUAACAUGGAACAAGUGCUAGAGACUCUCCAUGGCAUAAAGCAAGGGAGAUAUGAGAUAAACCCAAUAAAAGCUUUCAAAAUCUUCCACCAUGCCGAACUUGAAGAAGCUACUAACCAUUUUGACACUUUUCUGGGAUCUGGAGGGUUCGGCAGAGUCUAUUAUGGAAAACUUAAAGACGGUAGAGAAGUUGCAAUAAAACGCUUCCACGAAGAGACAGAAAAAACCAUUAAUCAGUUCAUGAAAGAAAUUGAGAUCUUAAGUCACCUGCAUCAUCAAAAUCUGGUUUCACUUUAUGGUUGCAGUUCUCGUCAUAGCAACAAGCACAUGCUUGUGUACGAGUACAUCUCUAAUGGAACUCUUACACAACAUCUUCACGGAUCUUCAUUUAGUAAACUAUCAUGGCUUACUAGAUUGAAUAUUGCCAUUGAAACUGCGAAUGCCUUGGUAUUUCUUCACGACUCAGGUAUCAUCCAUCGUGACAUAAAAGGAAGCAAUAUUCUGCUGGAUGAAAGUUUUGCUGUUAAAGUUGCAGAUUUUGGUCUCUCGCGGUUUCUUCCUGACUAUGUGACUCAUGUUUCAACUCUUCCGGUAGGAACUCGUGCUUACAUUGAUCCAGAUUACUAUGACACUGGAAGGGUAAGUGAGAAAAGCGAUGUCUAUAGUUUUGGAGUGAUCUUAUUCGAGCUUAUAUCAUCGAAACCGGCAAGUUUAAUGCAAGGCACGGAACAUGUCACUCUUGCUCAAUUUGCAAUGAGUAAAAUCUUAAACAAGGAAUUACAGAUGCUAGUGGAUCAAAGUCUUCAAAUUUCUUUUAAUAAAAAUGUAGUCGAAAUGAUAACAACAGUGACUGAGUUAGCAUUUCAGUGUGUGCAGUGUCCCAAGGAACUCAGGCCAACCAUGAAACAGGUUUUAGAGACUCUACAGGGCAUACGCAAAGGGAAAUGGGGAUUCAACCAAAUAACAUAAGACUCAAGUUUGGAUAAACUCUUUGAACAGGUGCAUGGGUCCAAGGCUUUAUGUUUUAUUGAUAAGGUUGCUAUAAAUCACAAGUCAAUUGAUUGAUGUCUUAAAACUAAGUCAUAGUAAAGUGCCUCAAUGGUUCUGGACAUUAUUCUGAAGGUUGGUCUUUCUCCUAUAAUAAUACGAUUCUUUUUAGCGAUUUUACCACAUUUGUUGCCUCUAUGUGCAACUUCAGGUCUAUAGCCAUCCUCGCCAUAAGAAAAUAGUAACGGAUAUUGGUAAUGUCGAUGUCUUUCAUGACACUCAUCUAUUCUUUGAAGUUUACCACUUUGAGUCUGAAUAA